AUGAACGGAAGAGCGAGACGCAUAUUGUCUUUGGUUCCAGCACGAAAUGCUGGUUCUGAUGUUAGUGAUGGAUCCAGUAGUGAUGAUGAAGUCAGAGAUGUCGAGAGUUCACCAGCGCCGUCUCUGGAUUCAUCAUUUGAAAAGCUCGACAUUCUCGGCAGCCCCACUUCAUCGCCCAAUCAUUCAAAGCAAGAGGUGGAAUCACGUGCAGAAGAUUUUUCUGAUGUGGAUUCAGAGACUUUUCAAGUUUCCCUAACGCCAAUCCUGAACGCCGUGUUCCCUAGCCUUACGCAAUGCAAUUACGACGCAAUACCUUUAAUUUCUUCUGUAUCAUCUAUAACGUCUGUUGAACCAUCUACUCUCAUAGCGGAUGUCACACCUUUAGUGACACGUGGGCAAAGAAAACGUACUGGGCCUUCUGUUUCCGUUAAUAAAGUGAAAAGGCGAUGUAUCAAAAAACUAACCUUACGUUUCCGUUGGAAGAAAGUGUCAUUUCAACACAGAGCUGACAUACCUAAUAAUACGUUUGAAGAUGAAGUUCCGGUUGAUUGGUCUCCUUUGGACUAUUUUUUUCGAUUUUUUUUUCGACCCCAGAGAUUUGGUGAGCCAUAUAACCACGAAUACCAAUUUGUACAGCGUUCAAGAAACUGGAAAGUUGCGGAAGAGGAAUAA